CCACCAACUCUUCCUCCACUACCACCACUUGAACCCCAUUUGACUCAGUCAAAUUGGCUGUUUGGAUCAAUAGUUCUCUUCGAAUAGACAGUUUGACACACUUUGAAUGGCCAUGGAGAUGGUGAUGCAAUUUCUUAGUUAUGUAGAGCUGAUCUCUGUAUAUAUAUAUAUAUUCACAACCACCAUCCCACAAGAACCAUAACUCCAAUCUAAAUAAUUCAUAUAUUCAUAAUAACAAUCACCUUAUGUCUUCACCAAUUUUGAUCCUCUUUGUUCCUUUUGUCCUGUCAUUCCCAUCCUUCGCACUUUCAACAACACCAUAUACAUAUAGUUUAAGUAAAGGCUCAUCUCUCUCUGUGGAAAAGCCGGACCAUGUUCUGAUUUCGCCAACUGGUGUUUUCUCAGCUGGCUUCUACUCCGUUGGUGAUAAUGCUUACUGCUUUGCGAUAUGGUUCAGUGAACCAUUGUAUGAUGGGAGUCACACCAUAGUCUGGAUGGCGAACCGAGACCAACCCAUUAAUGGAAGACUUUCAGAGCUCUCCCUCUUGAAAAAUGGCAAUCUCGUCUUGAUAGAUGCCGGCCAGCUCAACGUUUGGGCUACCAACACUGAGUCAAUCUCUUCAGUACAAUUGCUACUGAAUGACACUGGUAAUCUUGUUCUUCUUACUUCGGAGGGAUUAAUUCUUUGGCAAAGUUUUGAUUCACCAACCGAUACCCUUCUUCCCUACCAACCACUCACCAGAAACACAAAGCUUGUGUCAUCUCGAAGCCAAACCAAUUAUUCUUCUGGUUUCUACAAGCUCCUUUUCGAUGAUGACAACAUCCUCCGUCUUGUCUUUGAUGGCCCUGAAAUAUCCAGCGUUUAUUGGCCAGACCCAUGGCUAAUCAGUUGGGAAGCUUCAAGAACCAGUUACAACAGUAGCAGAAUCGCUGUAUUCAACUCCUUUGGCCAUUUCAAGUCGAGCGAUAAGUUUGAAUUCACGGCUGUAGAUUCUGGAAUUGGGAUUCAGAGAAGAUUAACAAUGGAUCACGAUGGCAACAUUCGACUAUACAGUCUGGACGAGAGAAGGGGAACCUGGAGUGUUUCGUGGCAAGCCAAAUCUCAACCGUGCAAGAUCCAUGGUAUCUGCGGACCCAACAGUUUGUGUACUUAUGUUCCCCAUGAGAAAUCUGGUAGGAGAUGCUCUUGUAUACCAGGAUACAAGAUUAAAAAUCAUACAGAUCAAUCUCUCGGAUGUGAGCCAGAUUUCACUCUCACUUGCAACCAUGGUGGGGAGGUCGGUUUCAUCCAACUUCCUCAUGUUGAAUUCUAUGGCUAUGAUAUUAACUUCUAUAGCAAUUAUACUUUCGAGAGUUGUGAGAAGCAAUGCUUGCAGCUCUGUGACUGCUAUGGAUUUCAAUAUAAAUUUAACUGGGACAACGGUUUUUACAACUGUUAUCCCAAAUCACUAUUGUUGAACGGAUAUCGCUCGCCAGGUUUUCCAGAUUCUAUGUACAUAAAAUUGCCAAAAGACUCACUCUUAUUGUAUAUGAAGCCUGCGAAAGAAAUCAAGUUAGAUUGCUCGUAUCCAAUUAGUUUGCAGCUUGAUAGAAUUUACAAAAAACCCAAAGGACAUGAGACAUUGCAGUUCAUGAUUUGGUUAGUCAGUGCUAUUGGAGGAUUUGAGAUUAUUUGCUUUGUAUUGUAUUCACUGUACAGAACCCGUCAAGAUUCGGAUGCAACUACACAAAGUUAUCUUCAAGUUACGACUGGACUUAGAAAAUUCUCAACCGAUGAGCCAAAGAAAGCAACUCAUAACUAGUAUUUUUUUUUUUUUUAAUUUGGGAUUGUUGGUGUAAGAGACUAAAAUUUAUGUAUAAAAAUGUAAAGCAGAGAGUUCUAUUGUUAUUAUUAUUUUUGAUACAUUGAGAGUUUAUUUAAUUAUGUAUUUAGGAAAGAACAUUACAAUAUAGAGAUCAGUGUUUGUUGAGGCUA